AUGGCUGAAGAUAGUUCCCCAGUCCAGCCGCAACUCACACCAGUCGGGGAGAAGUCGCUACCGGCAAAAUGCAGGGCGGACAUGAUCACAUACUGUCCCACGAUGGACCUCAUUGCCCUGGUUACAGAAGAUGACGAAUUACGCGUUUUCCGACUAAACGGUCAGAAGGUUUUUGGGGGUUCGUUCAAGGGAGACCCGUAUUUAGAUGAGGAUGAUGGGAGCGGGGAGAUACGAGCGUUGCGGUGGAAGAAUAAUGGCCACCUCCUAGCUGUCGCGUGCGCAGAUUCCACUAUCCGAGUCAUAAGCGCGUAUAGCGGGAAAACGGUCCAUCACUACUCUGCUUACAGCCCGCCGGGCGAACCCCAGCCAAACCUCAAAGUCACCUGCUUGGGCUGGGGAGUGAAUUUUACUGAUAGCAAGGUCGCACAGCGGCAGCUGCAUGAAGCUGCGGGGCAACUCUCUAUCGAGGAUUUGCUGUCGUUGGAUGCACAGCCGUCGAAGGCUGCAGCCUUGCUCAAGGCUGAUUUACCGAAGGAGCUGGCCUUGCUUGAUGUUGAGAGUUCACUGCCGAGGCUGAGCACGUUGCCUUCUACGGGGAGCGACGACGAUGUGUUUAGUUCGCGGGCAUCCAUUGACGCGAUUUUUCACUCUUCGAAUAAGAAUACGAGCGAUGCGGUAGAUGUCCUACUGGUCGGGUUUGAAGACGGGACUGUCCAUUUGCGAAUUUUUGAUUGUUUUGAGAUUGGCUCAGCUAUGUUUUCAUACUCCGAGCCAUGUAACAUCCUUCAGCAUGCAUCCCAUCCACUAAGCUCGACGCAUGCAAUUGUUGCGUCCACUGGAAAUGACUUGCGUCUGCUCACGCUUGAUUUGCGGUUCAUUACGCGUUCUGGCCGGUACCUCUCGCUUCUUGCGCAUAAGACAACGCAGCUUCAGAAUUUGCUCCGGUAUAUCUGCCAGGUACAGAGGCAAAUUGAACUGGAGUGGAAGAAUGCACAGGAAUUACCGGCAAGGUAUAUGCGUAGUGUCAAUCAGGAUCUGGAAGAAAAGUGUCACUGUGAUUUUGUUACAGCAGCAUAUCAUCUGGUCGUGACGGGCGAUUGCUUUGAACCUCUUCGAGAAUUCCUUGUUGAUAUUGUUGGAGAAAGAGGCCAUAAGAGAUGGGAGAAAGCUGUGUCGGGAGGCUACGAGAUUGUCAGGCGGUUGACACAUGAAUGCCUUCUUCCCGCCCUAGAGCGGUGCGAGGUUCUCCUGAGCCGGCUCAUAGGACUCUCGAAAUUCCAAAAAUUAAGUGAAGUUCUUGGAUUAGAGACCUCGGACUUGAAUGCUAUUGUCGAGACACUUGAUUGCCUUAAUCUCCUCGCCCAUCACAUCAUCAUCAAUACGAACGAAGAACUAGCCCAAUUCCAUUCGUUUUCUCGCUGGCUUCGUCAUCAAAUCGACUUGCUUAGUGCAGAGCCCAUGUCACAAACGCUGGAAGAACUCAUGGAGAAAACAGACUUGGUGGAGUACCCGUUGACGCUGAAGUACAUUCGAGGUGCCUUGACAAAGAGCUCGCUACGGAACUUCGUCCAGCAGCUACCUAUGAUGGGAUUUGCAAGACCUCCUGCCACUUCUGACGAUAAGUGGGCUCCAACCAAGGGAGAUAAUAGGUCAUUCUAUGAUAUGUUUAAAAAAUUGCUGGAUCAGCAGAACCAGGCAACCAAGGAUGCGGAGCCGGUGGAAAUUCCCAAGAUCAACAACUUGACCACACGCCUCGGAUUACAGUUUGAGAAGGUCUUUAGUCAAAUUGCGGUCACUCAAAGGAGAGGUAUUCUUCAUAGAUCACCACUUGUUUUACACGAGCGUUGCGAUAAGACGGUUUUUGACUCUACGAUGCGCUACGAGGCGAUUGGGAGGCGGGAGAAUCUAUGUGUGAUAUACGUUGCUUCACGAUUGACGCCAAAAAAGCACACAGCCUACAUAUAUCGAGUGGUUCUUGAUUCGGAGAACGGCGUCAGUUCUACCCGAGAAGCUCAUGUCGGAGCGAUCAACUUGAAAGAAGGGAUUAUCCGGCAGGUGCAAUUCGUUGACGACAAGUUGAUGGUUCUGUGGUCAAACAAUGGAGGAUCCGCAUUCCUUCUUCAACUCCCGUUCGAACCAGCAGUACAAAUAAUUGGAGACCCUAAUCCUCCUUUCUCAAUCAGGUAUCACGACGUGCACCACCAAGAACCCAAAGGUACAACAGACGUGGACAUCUCAUUUCCUGAACCCCACUUUGCCGAACUUGUUAGACACCGGUUUUCGCCUAAGGCUCGACCGGUCAGGAUCGAUGUGAAUGGACGACAGGGCCGUCGGGCGAUCUGUGUGUUAUAUGCCGGAGGGCUACGGUAUGAAGUAUUAGAUUUGGAUGCUGAGAUGGGGGAUGAAGAUGAGGAAGGGGAAGAAUAA